UACUGUGUAUUGUUUCGUAUGUUUUUGUAUCUUGAGUUUCUGUACGAUUUUGUCUGACUUGGGUUACAAAUAUUUUGUAAAUUAUUUUGUCACAUUCCUUCAGAUCUACAAAUAUGCAGAUCUUCGUCAAAACCCUCACAGGUAAAACCAUCACCUUGGAGGUAGAAGCCUCAGACACAAUAGAGAAUGUGAAGGCCAAGAUCCAAGACAAAGAAGGAAUCCCUCCCGACCAGCAGCGUUUGAUCUUUGCUGGGAAACAGUUGGAAGAUGGUCGCACUCUUUCAGAUUACAAUAUCCAAAAAGAGUCCACACUGCACUUGGUAUUGCGACUCCGAGGAGGAAUGCAGAUCUUCGUCAAGACGCUCACAGGGAAAACCAUCACACUCGAAGUUGAGGCUUCAGACACAAUAGAAAACGUUAAGGCCAAGAUUCAAGACAAAGAAGGAAUCCCUCCCGACCAGCAGCGUUUGAUCUUUGCUGGUAAACAGUUGGAAGAUGGGCGCACUCUUUCAGAUUACAAUAUCCAAAAAGAGUCCACAUUGCACUUGGUAUUGCGACUCCGGGGAGGAAUGCAGAUCUUCGUCAAGACGCUCACAGGGAAAACCAUCACACUCGAAGUUGAGGCUUCAGACACAAUAGAAAACGUUAAGGCCAAGAUUCAAGACAAAGAAGGAAUCCCUCCCGACCAGCAGCGUUUGAUCUUUGCUGGCAAACAAUUGGAAGAUGGGCGCACACUUUCAGAUUACAAUAUCCAAAAAGAGUCCACACUGCACUUGGUGUUGCGACUCCGAGGAGGAAUGCAGAUCUUCGUCAAGACGCUCACAGGGAAAACCAUCACACUCGAAGUUGAGGCUUCAGACACAAUAGAGAACGUUAAGGCCAAGAUUCAAGACAAAGAAGGAAUCCCUCCCGACCAGCAGCGUUUGAUCUUUGCUGGUAAACAGUUGGAAGAUGGGCGCACACUUUCAGAUUACAAUAUCCAAAAGGAGUCCACCCUGCACUUGGUGUUGCGACUCCGAGGAGGAAUGCAGAUCUUCGUUAAGACGCUGACGGGGAAAACCAUCACACUCGAAGUUGAGGCUUCAGACACAAUAGAAAACGUUAAGGCCAAGAUUCAAGACAAAGAAGGUAUCCCUCCCGACCAGCAGCGUUUGAUCUUUGCUGGCAAACAAUUGGAAGAUGGGCGCACCCUUUCAGAUUACAAUAUCCAAAAAGAGUCCACACUGCACUUGGUGUUGCGACUCCGAGGAGGAAUGCAGAUCUUUGUCAAGACGCUCACAGGGAAAACCAUCACCUUGGAGGUAGAAGCCUCAGACACAAUAGAGAACGUUAAGGCCAAGAUUCAAGACAAAGAAGGAAUCCCUCCCGACCAGCAGCGUUUAAUCUUUGCUGGCAAACAGUUGGAAGAUGGGCGCACUCUUUCAGAUUACAACAUCCAAAAAGAGUCCACACUGCACUUGGUGUUGCGACUCCGAGGAGGAAUGCAGAUCUUUGUCAAGACGCUCACAGGGAAAACCAUCACCUUGGAGGUAGAAGCCUCAGACACAAUAGAGAACGUUAAGGCCAAGAUUCAAGACAAAGAAGGAAUCCCUCCCGACCAGCAGCGUUUGAUCUUUGCUGGCAAACAGUUAGAAGAUGGGCGCACUCUUUCAGAUUAUAACAUCCAAAAGGAAUCCACCCUGCAUUUGGUGUUGCGACUCCGAGGAGGAAUGCAGAUCUUUGUCAAAACGCUCACGGGGAAAACCAUCACCCUGGACGUUGAGGCUUCAGACACAAUAGAGAACGUUAAGGCCAAGAUUCAAGACAAAGAAGGAAUCCCUCCCGACCAGCAGCGUUUGAUCUUUGCUGGCAAACAGUUGGAAGAUGGGCGCACACUUUCAGAUUAUAACAUCCAAAAGGAGUCCACACUGCACUUAGUGUUGCGACUCCGUGGCGGAAUGCAGAUCUUCGUCAAAACGCUCAAUGGGAAAACCAUCACCCUGGACGUUGAGGCUUCAGACACAGUAGAGAACCUUAAGGCCAAGAUCGUAGACAAAGAAGGAAUCCCUUCUGAUAUGCAGCGUUUGAUCUUUGCUGGGAAACAGUUGGAAGAUGGUCGCACUCUUUCAGAUUAUAACAUCCAAAAAGAGUCUACACUGCACUUAGUGUUGCGACUCCGAGGAGGAAUGCAGAUCUUUGUCAAAACACUCACGGGGAAAACCAUCACCCUGGAAGUUGAGGCUUCAGACACAAUAGAUAACGUUAAGGCUAAGAUUCAAGACAAAGAGGGAAUCCCUCCCGACCAGCAGCGUUUGAUAUUUGCUGGCAAACAGUUGGAAGAUGGGCGCACUCUUUCAGAUUACAACAUCCAAAAAGAGUCCACACUGCACUUGGUGUUGCGACUCCGAGGAGGAAUGCAGAUCUUCGUCAAGACGCUCACGGGGAAAACCAUCACCCUGGAAGUUGAGGCUUCAGACACAAUAGAGAACGUUAAAGCCAAAAUCGUAGACAAAGAAGGAAUCCCUUCUGACCAGCAGCGUCUGAUCUUUGCUGGGAAGCAGUUGGAAGAUGGACGCACUCUUUCAGAUUACAACAUCCAAAAGGAGUCCACACUGCACUUGGUGUUGCGACUCCGAGGAGGAAUGCAGAUCUUUGUCAAGACGCUGACGGGGAAAACCAUCACCCUGGAAGUUGAGGCUUCAGACACAAUAGAGAACGUUAAAGCCAAGAUUCAAGACAAAGAAGGAAUCCCUCCUGACCAGCAGCGUUUGAUCUUUGCUGGUAAACAGCUGGAAGAUGGUCGCACUCUUUCAGAUUACAACAUCCAGAAAGAGUCGACACUGCACUUGGUGUUGCGACUCCGAGGAGGAAAUGAAAGUUACCGUAUAGGACGGCACAUUCCAAAUGAAGGAUCUGAACUUCGUAUUGCCGACAAGCAGUUUGAAGAUGCUUGUGGUUUUUAUGGGAACAAGAGAAGUCAAUGUUGCAGCUAGUAACUUGAUA